AUGCUCGAGGUUGUGGGGCAUGGCUGGUCCCGUCAGCAAGAGAGCGCAAACAAAAGUUUCUCGCAAAUGGCUGACAGGUAUCAUGCAACUGGCGAGUCAGCGGUUACAGACACGUACGCCAGAAGCAUUCGUGUCAAGCUUUCUUUCCGAAAGUAUGGACACCGAUGCACUCCCAUAGGGCGUAGCGGUCAUCGGAUAUCCUGUAGUGAAUCGUUCCUCUUCUGUGUGGGCGGCUACCAUCCCGCCCACGGCCCGCUGCAAGAUGCCUGGCGACUCAACCUCUCGACCGGCGAGUGGGAACAGCUGUCCACCUCCUCCUCGACGCCCGGAGAAACCGUGUCCCACUGCCUCGUCUCGACCAAGGACGAGCUCCUCAUCUUCGGCGGCACCAGCUACCCCUUCGGCAGCAGCAUCGGCGUGGACGUCCGUGCCUGCGACAAGAGGACGGGCGAGUGGCGUGCCUUCGAGUGCCACGGAGAGGCGCCCCCCGCGCUCUACGGCCAGGCCUCUCGCCGCGUCGGGGAUUACGUGUAUACUGUAGGAGGGACGUCGGGAUAUCACUUCUCUCUGCACGCCCACGCCCUCCACCUGCCGACGGGGACGUGGUCCAGCCUCGCCACAAACGACCUCUUCAAGGGCGAGGAACCGUCAGGGAGAUACCGGGCGGAGAUCGGCGUAGUUCCGGGUCGCAUUGUGGUGGUUGGAGGCGCCGCCGCUUCCACCGUCUACCCUUUGGAUGAGGUCCCUGUACUACAUGUCGACACCGGGAAGUGGGCUGUCAAGAAAACCCACCCUGACCCACUCGUUCACGCCCACCCCAGCCCACGCCGGUGCCAUGCCGCUGUUCAGAGGGGAAAAGACCUGUAUAUCAUCGGUGGUACAGACGGUACAGAGAUUUUUGACGACGUUUGGAAACUGGAUUUACACUCGAUGUCGUGGGCGCGUCUUGCACUCGUUCUCCCACGCCCACUCUACUUCCACGACGCUGCCAUCACGCCCAACGGAUGUCUCUACGUCUUUGGCGGCCUGAGCACCAUCGGGUCGCGGGAGAGGUCUUCGUCGUUAUUCAGAGCCAGGCUGGACGCCCCUCCUCUCCUCGAGGCUGCUUGGGAGUCCUUCGCCAGCCACUGCCCCACGAUCAGCACGCCCUUGCCCGCCUCCGUCACGCCCGCGAGCACGAUGCCCACAACCCACGAUUUUCUGGCCGCGGGCGUGCCUCGGAGGCUCAUGCAGAGGCUGGCCAAACUGCACAUGAAGCAGACGGAGAAAAGAGUCGCCGGCUUUUCGACCUAGAGAGCUCCUGUUGGUGUCGCGUAUGGAUUUGAGAUUCCGUUGUCCGCUAGGCGAGAUGAGAGGUGCGGAGACCUCUUUUUUU